UAAGAGUGAAUUGACUUAAAACGGAAACUAAGAAGUUGGAACACCAACAAAAUAGAAAAAAAGAAAAAAAUUAACAAAAAUAAAUAAUCAAAAUAUAGUAAUUAAAUGGUUCAUCUAAUGAUAAUUUUUACAAAUAAAAAUGGUUAAUUAAAUGGAAUUUACAUGGAAAGAGUUCUGUGAAAGAAAUAAUUGAAUCAUUAGUUAUAAAAAAGUCGAAUUAGCCAAACCACAUUUGACAUCAAAGAUUUUUUAGCCAAGAAACCAAGAAAACCUCUUUCUUUAAAAUCUCGUUUUGUGUGGAUACCUUAAAGCUAUUCAAAAAAAAAAAAGUGAAAUAUUUUGUGAAUCACCGAGAAUAUAAUUAUUGUUACAAAUGUCUGCAACAACAAUUUUAUUUAAUGUUAUUUCAUUGAAAUACAAAUGUUGAUCAACGAUGGCCACAUUAGGCCUUUCAAAAGUCUUCAUACUGGAUAAAUACUUUACGGAAUUACAAAAAUUUUGGGAGACGGAGAAGAAGUUGCAGGACGCCUCAUCUUCCAAUGAGGCGGUGCAUCUACAGCAACGCCUUAAAAGUCUCAGUACGGAAUUAGUCACACUGCGUAAUCGUUUGCAUGUGGGCCAAGGCCCGGGUACAAUUGCCAAUGGCAGUAAUGUACAAAACGGCAACAAUAAUAACAAUCUCACACUGCAACAACAACCGCAACAGUUGGGUCCCUUAACGACGGCCUUGGAAUUGAGCGCUUCAAGUCCAAAUCUGAAUAGUACCAACAUCAGCAACAACAACAAUAGCCCUAAUAAUAACAACAGCACUAGUUUUAACAAUUUCACCAAUUCCAAUGGCAACAACGUAGUACAACAACAGCAACAACCGCCACAAUUGCAUCAAUCACAACAUGGUUCAAUAUUUGCAACAAUAAAUAAUAGCAUCACUAAUAGUAAUAAUCAUAACAACAACAACACCACCACCAAUAAUUGUAGUAAUAAUAAUGCUAAUCUAACAACAACACCACCAACUAAUACCGCCCAUCACCAUCAGCAACAACCAUCAUCACAACCACCACCACAACUACAGCAUCUUAACAGCAAUCAUCACUCCGCAAGUCCAUCAUCAACGGCAACGCCAUCAACAACCAUUAUUAACUGCAACAACAACAACAGCAACACGAACACCACUAAAAACUUGCAUACAUUCAGUCAUACAUUGCCACAUAAUUCAACAUCUGGUGGAUCGGGUAUUGUUUCAUCACGAAAUACAUCCAUUCCACAUCCAUUGCCACAUCAGAUCAAUGAAAAAGGUCCUUCAUCAGCCCAAAAUUUUAUGGAUUCCAUUGUAAUGCCAGUUUUAUCCACGCCACUCAAUACAACAUCUCUAAAUUACAAUUCAAACACGCUACCAAUGCGAUCAUCUAGCUCUCAUGCUUCUCACUUGCAGCAUCAGAGUCAACAUAAUUUACAACAAUCACACCUGCAUCAUCACCAACCAUCGUCGCAUCACACCAACGGCAACAAUCAACAACACUUUCAGCAACAGGCAAUACCGCAUCAGCUGCAUUCAUCACAUCACCAACAGUUGCAGAAUCAUCAACAGCAACAAUUGCCAUUUAUACCGAUACAAAAACACUUGAGUCCAUGCAAUGGUAUCAAUACACUUCCAAUAUCAUUCACGAAUAAUCAUGCCCGACCCACCAUCAAUACUAUUCAAAAUAUCAAUCAUCGCGCCAACCAAUAUGCCAAUCAAUUGCAUCCCACCUCCAUACAUUCCAGCGGUGGUAUGUUUGGCGGAAUAAUUCAGGGGCCGAUUGAUAACUUUCCGACAUCAGGAGGUCAGACGAAGCAGCCGCAUGAAUUGGAUGAUUUAAUUCACCUUUCGGGACCACUAACAGAGGAUGCGGUAAUGCGAACUUUGCAAUCUCGCUUUCAUGACAAUUGUUACUUUACAAAUGUUGGACCUAUUCUGUUAUCCAUCAAUCCAUAUCUUCAUGUCGGUAACCCAUUGACACUAACAUCCACACGAUCAUUCCCGUUGGCACCACAGCUGCGUAAAAUUGUCCAAGAGGCGGUACGUCAACAGGCCGAAACAGGUUAUCCUCAAGCCAUCAUUUUGUCUGGUACCUCGGGAGCUGGUAAAACACAUUGUUCAAUGCUGCUUCUCCGUCAACUUUUUGCCGUAGCUGGCGGUGGCCCAGAAACGGAUGCCUUUAAACAUUUGGCAGCCGCAUUUACAGUAUUACGUUCCUUAGGUUCGGCUAAAACCACAACCAAUUCUGAAUCUAGCCGUAUCGGUCAGUUUAUCGAAGUACAAGUAACCGAUGGUGCUUUAUAUCGAACAAAAAUUCAUUGUUACUUUUUGGAUCAGACGCGUGUCAUAAGGCCAUUACCAAAAGAGAAAAACUAUCACAUCUUCUAUCAAAUGCUGGCCGGGCUAAGUCGCGAGGAAAGAGUCAAACUCAAUCUGGAAGGAUAUUCACCGAUGAAUCUGCGUUAUUUGCAAAACGGAGAUAUUGUACAAAACGAACAGGAGGAUGCGGUACGUUUUCAGGCAUGGAAGACGUGCUUGGGUAUUCUGGGUAUACCAUUUUUGGAUGUGGUUCGUGUUCUAGCCGCAGUAUUACUAUUGGGAAAUGUACAAUUCAUUGAUGGUCAGAGUUUGGAGGUUGAUGUCAAGGGUGAAACUGAAUUAAAUGCUGUUGCCAGUUUACUGGGUGUUCCACCAGCCGCCCUUUUUCGUGGUUUAACAGUGAGGACACACAACGCUCGCGGACAACUGAUAAAAUCAGUUUGUGACGCCAACAUGUCUAACAUGACUCGUGAUUCCUUGGCGAAAGCCCUGUAUUGCCGUACUGUUGCCACAAUUGUUAGAAGGGCAAAUAGCCUGAAACGUUUGGGUUCAACAUUGGGCACACUAAGUUCGGACUCCAAUGAAUCGGUUCACAAUCAAGGCGAUCUUGCAUCGCAACACGCCUCCACUAUUGGUGGAAAUUCUGGUUCAAAGUCAAUGGCAGCCCUCAACAACGCUGUGCGCCAUGCUACCGAUGGUUUCAUAGGGAUACUGGACAUGUUUGGGUUUGAAGAACCCUCACCUCAUGCCCAAUUGGAACAUUUAUGCAUUAAUUUGUGUGCCGAAACUAUGCAACAUUUCUAUAAUACUCACAUCUUUAAGAGCUCUGUCGAAUCGUGUCGGGAUGAAGGAAUCGUUUGCGAUACCGAAGUAGACUAUGUGGAUAAUGUCCCGUGUAUCGAUUUAAUAUCUUCCUUGCGUACGGGCCUGCUGAGCAUGUUGGAUGCAGAAUGUGCGGCCCGUGGCACUGCUGAGAGUUAUGUGUGUAAAAUUAAGGUGCAACACCGCAAUUCACCAAGGCUGGAAAUCAAACACACUACCGAGCCCCAUGAUCCCCGAAUGUUCAUGAUACGUCACUUUGCCGGGCGUGUGGAGUACGAUGCUACAGAUUUUCUGGAUACCAAUAGAGAUGUUGUGCCCGAUGAUUUGGUGGCGGUAUUUUAUAAGCAUACAUGUAACUUUGGUUUUGCCACACAUCUUUUUGGUUCCGAAUUGAAAGCUUUGUAUGCCCUGCAAAGUGUGCCUCGAGGUCUAAGCUUUCGCAUAGCACCAACAUCACACACAGACCUAUUGAAUGGCGAUGAACCUGUAUCAACAUUAACUCAAGACUUCCAUACACGGUUGGACAAUCUUUUACGUACUUUGGUGCAUGCCCGACCACACUUUGUCCGUUGCAUACGCAGUAAUUCUAUGGAAGCGUCUGGUUGUUUUGAACGCAUGACGGUUGUUAAACAAAUACGCUCCUUGCAGGUCCUGGAAACGGUAAAUCUUAUGGCUUCGGGUUUUCCUCAUCGUAUGCGAUUCAAACAGUUUAAUGCACGUUAUCGUAUGUUGGCUCCAUUCCAUUUGAUACGUCGAAAUGAAGACAAAAUGGAAGAAUGUUGUAACAUAAUCUUACAACACGCCAUGGAAAAUCCACCCGUCGUUGAGGGAUCUGUUACAUUGGGCUGGGCACCGGGAAAACGUCACGUUUUCUUAAGUGAAGGAAUUCGUCAGCAUUUGGAACAUUUACGUACGGAAAUACGUAACAAGAGUGCAACACUGAUACAGGCAACAUGGCGUGGUUGGCAGUGGCGCAAGAAAAUGGGUGGUGUUAAUCAUAAUCGUGCACACAACACUGGAAAUGGUGUCCUUAUGACAUCUUCUUCGACCAAACUGAAUAAAUUGCAUGGUCACAAUGGACUAAAUGGAGGAGCCACAAUUCCAACACGAGGAACAACAUCAACAACCAUUCCAGCUAAUGCUUCGAUUGGCGUCAGUGCAUUAUCGGCAUCGUUGCCGCGUUUAUCGGCAAAAACCACAAAUCCAGGAGGAGGUGGAGGAGGUAAUGUCACGAGACCACGACCACAGCCAAUAGCUGGUACUCCACCGCCGGACCCAAAUGAGAAAUGUGACACAAAGAUAAUACAACAAACAUGUAGCCUCUUUGGAUUAGAUUUGGAACGUCCACCGCCUGUGCCACCUUCUCGUAAUUACACCAUAACUGGGAACACCAAAUUAAGUUUUCCGCAAUCGCGUGUUAUGAAAAUGAACUUUCCCGAGGACACUAUUACAAAUCCGCCUACCGAACAAUUGAAAAAGGGCGAAAGUGUAAAUGUUGUUGGUGCUUCGUCAUGUCGUGGCCACUUGAUUGUCGAGCACAAAGGACAAAAUUUUCAUGUACCCUUCCAAUACAUGGAACUGCUUAGAGGUUUGGCCAAUUGUACAACGAUUACGACCAACGGAAGCAACACCAUUCAAAAUGCCACAAACAACAAUACCGGUGGAGCAAACAACAACACUGGCGGUAAUAAUGCUCCCAAUGCAGCCGCAACAAGUGCAGCUGUCAAAAUAUAACCGAGUGAUAAUUAACAAUGGAGCACUGUUUUGUUGGUCGUCAUCCCAUUAUGGUCCUGUGAAUAAACCAAUGAGAGCUAUGCCAAGUAUGAAAUAACUGAGAUGUGUGCUAACAACAGAUCCAUGCGUUGUAAACUAUGAAAUUGAAAGUCGAAAUAUGCAACUCCAAUGUUGAAUUUUUGUAAAAUGGCUCGCAGGCCACCAAAAGCUUCACAUGAACAUAGAUGAUUAAUGUUGAUGACCACAUGAAUAAAUUAAGACUGUAAAUAUUAAACGCUACGAAUUCCUGCAUCAUCCUUUUUAUAUCUAAUUUGUAUUUGCCAGUAAACGAGCAACAAAAAUAUGUUACAUAAUAAGACUUUGAAAAUAGCCCAAGUAUUCUCAUGAAAUUUGGUGAGGUAUUUAACUGAAAACUAUAAUUAUAGUCAAACACGGUUGUAUGUAUGCACACAGCCAGCUGGACGAGAUGAAUGUAAUUAUUCAUUAUUGCCGUUCCAUGUACGGAAAAUACAUUUACCGUGUAUCGACUGCAUGGAUACUAUUGUAUGGUAGAUUAUUAUGAUGACUACAUCAUAUUUUAAAAUUUCCACAUAUCCGGUUAGUGGUGGAUUAACAAUUAGUAUUAUCGUUUUAGGUAAAGUGUCAAAAAUAGAUUUUAGUUUCCCCCAUUAAGUGCCAAUCUACACGUAUAUAGUUUCUAAGUAAUCCUGAGGUUCUUUAACGUGCUUUUAAAAAUAUUUCGGCGUUAAACGAUCCUAUAUUUCACAUUAUAUCAAUAAAAGUAUUUUUUCAGUAA